AUGUACGUGGCGCUUGCCGUACUUUGGGUAUUGCUUGUGUGUUGGCUCUUGCUUCUCUCUCUGUGUGCUGCUGGCGGCAAGGAAGGAGGCGGCGCCGCGUGUGGUGCGAUGCGCGGCACCUCCCCGGCUUUGUCGUGUGACUCUGCGGAGGACAUCUAUAACCUGCUGUGUGCCGUGCAGGCGCAGGCAAAUGCGGAUGAGGAGGAGGUGAAGACACGGCGACUUUGCAUCACCAACCAUGAACGCGAGACAGACCGGGCUCAGGAGGAGGCUCGCGACCUCUCAGAGCAGCACGCGAGGGCGUGUGAUGAGUUGAAGGGGAAGCGGCUGCGCGUGGAAGAGCAGCGGCUGCGCCACGCAGGGGCAGUUGAGCACCUUAGCCGCACGAAGCAGGAGGUGGCGGAGGUGAUGGGGGCGCUCUUCGAGUGUGAACUUCCGGUGCAUUCGGCGGUAGAGAAGGGAACGCCGCAGGAGAUUUUGUCCCCGGCGGUGCUUCGCAGCACCACGGCAAGCCUGAAGCAAAAAAUCAGGGUGGCAAUGGAGCAGCAGCGCCGGCGCGUCAAGAGCUGCAGCGCACUCCCUCCACAGCAGCACACGAGGCGGAUUCGGCCAAUGAAGAGAGCGACGACGCGGGUCACCCCUUCACUGUGCGCUUUCGCCGUGAGUCGGUGCCAGCUGCAGCACCGUCGUCAUUUCCCGCCAACGACGCUGCAGCUGGCACCGAACUCACAGGCGAAGGGAGAAAUUUGUUUCCGUCGGUGCGUCCGCGGCGAAAAGUGGUCACAUUUAACGAUACUCAACUGGAAGUGCACACGGAGAAGAAUUCAUCAUCAUCUGCUGCCGCCACUGUACUGCCGAGGGCGUUCCCUGCUGAUUUGGAGGAGGAAACGGCUCCCGCUUACGGUGUACUGA